UAAGGGGGCGUGGCCAUGGAUGGUCUACCUGGAGAUGCACGUUGACGCCAAGUUUAGUGUCAAAUGUGGAGGAUCACUGGUCUCAGAUCAGUGGGUCAUGACCGCAGGACACUGCUGGAAUGAGGAGAUGAUGGACCUUAAGCGUUCGUUUGCUCGUGUCGGGGAGCUGAGCCUGAAGGAACCUUCUGGAACUCUGGUGAAGCUGAAGCGCGUGGUGGUGCAUCCAGACUACAGCUACCAGGAGAAGGAAGGUAUGAUCUACAACGACAUGGCCCUGGUGCAGCUGCAGGACACUGUGUCCUUCUCCCACACGGUGAAGCCCGUGGACCUGCCCAGCCCCCGAGACAUUAGAUCCGACGCUGAAUGCUGGGUCACUGGCUGGGGCCACGUAGCUGAGAACAAGCCGCUGGGUGGGAAGGAGACUCUGCAGGAAGUGCGGGUGUCUCUGGUUGAUGACAUCACGUGUCGCCGGCUCUUCCCCAAGAUGACUGACGGCAUGACAUGCGCUGGUGACCUUAAUGGAGGGAAGGACGCCUGCCAGGUCAACUCUGGAGGGCCCCUGGUGUGUGUCCCUGCUGGAGAUGAGAAGAGGAGGUUUGUGCAGGUCGGCAUCGUCAGCUUUGGGAAGGGGUGUGGCCGUAAGGGACGAGCUGGAGUCUACACAUACACCCCCCACUACGCCCAGUUCAUCCACAAGACCAUCAACACAACCUACACACCCUAACACACGCGCACUCACACAUACAGACACACCCACAUACAUACG